ACCCUGUAAUGUAAUAAAUGACUGUCAGUGAACAUGGGCAGGGUAAUCCCGCCAUUUACGUCAGUAACUUGCAUGUUGCGAAGCUAUCUUGGCUGUAACACUGUUUUGAUAGAAGGGACAAAAUUCUUCACAAUCGUAACUUAUUUUAGUUUCAGUGAUUACGAAGUAAACAGUUGACUGUGUCGCUUAUAUCAAAGCUAUCUAGCGAGCUAAUAAUAUUCAACAGCUACAGCAAUUAUGCUUUUUUGCACGAGCAUGAUUUUUUUGCCAUCGUAAAUGUGUACACACUAUAUAUAACAUGAAAACUAUUAACUAACAUGGUUCCUGCAAUUUUGACAUGAAUGGUAUGUCAUUUUUCAUACUGAGCCUUCAAGUGGGUGGACCGAAGUGACGCUCCGACGCAGCCUGCGUAGUGGGCCUCGGGCCCGCCCGUUCUUACUGCUGUUAUGGGAACCCAUCGUGACUGGGUGGAAGAGGUUAGCACGGACUGUAAACAUGGCGGCGUGCACAGCCAGAAGUCUGUGCUGUAAACCCCAAUAUUAGUGAGUGAAGUACCGAGACAAGUGAACCAUGGAGACCGAAGAGGAGCAACACAUGACAACGCUGCUCUGCAUGGGCUUUCCUGACCCCGUAGCUAUCAGGAAAGCUCUUCGCUUGGCCAAAAACGACAUCAACGAGGCAGUCGCGCUUCUUACCAACGAGAGCCCCGGACUCGGGUAUGGGUAUGAGCCGAUGGAGAGUGGGCCUGCCCCGGGGCCUGGAUCCGGUGGUGACGGAGAAACCAACAAUCGGAGUGGGAGUGGUACCGGUGGGUUUGACCCACCACCGGCUUACCACGAUGUUGUGGAGGGCGAGAGGAGCAACGACGAGAAUGGGAACUGCCCCGGCGGGAACAUGGAGUUUCCCACCACCAACCUGUACGAGCUGGAGAGCCGCGUCUUCACCGACCAUUGGUCCAUCCCCUACAAGAGGGAGGAGUCGCUGGGCAAGUGCCUCAUCGCCUCCACGUGCCUGGCGAGACUGGGUCUUGCUGACGCAGACGAGAACUGCAAGAGGUUCAUAGACAGAUGCAUGCCAGAAGCCUUCAAAAAGCUGCUGACGUCGAGCGCCGUGCACAAAUGGGGCACAGAGAUCCACGAGGGGAUCUACAACAUGCUCAUGCUGCUGGUGGACCUGGUGGCCGAGCGGGUCAAGCAGGACCCCAUCCCCGUGGGGCUGUUGGGAGUUCUCACCAUGGCCUUUAACCCAGACAAUGAGUACCACUUCAAAAACCGCAUGAAAUCCUCGCAGCGGAACUGGGCAGAGGUGUUUGGUGAGGACAGCAUGUUUGCUGUGUCCCCCAGCUCCAGUUACCAGAAGGAGCCACAUGGUUGGCUUGUGGAUCUGGUGAACCGAUUCGGGGAGAUGGGAGGCUUUACCGCGAUUCAGACCAAGCUGAAUGCCGAGGAGAUCGAAAUCGGGAGCGUAUCUGCCCUGGUCCAGCCCCUGGGAGUCUGUGCUGAGUACCUCAACUCCAGCCUGGUCCAGCCCAUGCUGGAUCCCGUCAUCCACAAGAUGAUAACCUACGUGCAGAACCUGGAGGAGAAAGACCUGAAAGACAAGCGGCUGGUCAGCAUCCCCGACCUGCUGUCGGCCAUCAAGCUGCUGUGCAUGAGGUUCCAGCGGGAGCUGGUCUCCGUGGUGGACCACCUGCGGCUGGACAUCCUGCUGCGUAUGCUGAAGACGCCCCACUUCAGCGCCAAAAUGAACUCCCUCAAAGAGGUGACAAAGUUGAUAGAGGAAAGCACUGUGUCCAAGACCGUGAAAAACGCCAUAGACACUGACCGACUGCUGGAUUGGCUGGUGGAAAACUCAGUCCUGUCAAUAGCCCUUGAAGGUAAUAUCGACCAGGCGCAGUACUGUGACCGAAUAAAGGGAAUCAUUGAGCUCCUUGGCAGCAAACUCUCCUUGGACGAGCUCUCCAAAAUCUGGAGAAUACAGGCGGGACAGUCCUCCACGGUGAUCGAGAACAUCCACGCCAUCAUCGCGGCCGCCGCGGUCAAGUUCAACUUCGACCAGCUCAGCCAUCUGUUUGUCCUCAUCCAGAAGAGCUGGGAGGUGGAGAGCGACCGCGUUCGCCAGAAGCUCUUGAGUUUGAUCGGGAGGAUCGGCCGAGAGGCCCGCUCCGAGGCCACUACGGGCAAGGUGCUGGAGGUGCUCUGGGAGCUGGCACACCUGCCCACGUUGCCCGUUAAUUUGGUGCAGCAGGCUUUGGAGGAGCACCUCACUAUCCUUAGCGACGCGUACGCUGUCAAGGAGACCGUCAAAAGGAACUACAUCAUCAAGUGCAUUGAGGACAUCAAGAAGAUACUAACGCAGGAGGAAACAAAACCUUCCAGCGAGACACAGGUCUCUUUUCUAACGGGCUCCUGGGGCAAGAAGAAACCCAGCUCGCUGUCCAAAUCCUCGCAGCAGAGUAACCCACAGGCCGUGUGGGUAGUGCCAGCUCUUCGCCAGCUUCAUGAGAUCACCCGCUCGUUCAUCAAGCAGACCUACCAAAAACAGGACAAGAGCAUCAUCCAGGACCUGAAGAAGAACUUUGAGAUCGUCAAGCUGAUCACCGGGAGCCUGGUGUCCUGCCACCGGCUGGCCGUGUCCGUCGCUGGCCAGGGCGGCCUCUCCGGGUCCACGCUCGUGGACGGCCGCUACUCCUACCAAGAGUACCUGGAGGGCCACCUCAAGUUCCUGGCCUUCUUCCUGCAGGAGGCCAGCCUGUACCUUGUGUGGAACCGGGCCAAGGAGGUGUGGGAGUGCCUCGUGUCCGGGAUGGACGUCUGCGAACUGGACAGAGAGAUGUGCUUUGAGUGGUUCACCAAGGGGCAGCACGACCUGGAGAGUGACGUGCAGCAGCAGCUCUUCAAGGAGAAGAUCCUGAAGCUGGAGCCUUAUGAGAUCACCAUGAAUGGCUUCAACCUUUUCAAGACCUUCUUUGAGAACGUGAACCUCAGUGACCACCGCCUGAAACGCCAAGGAACCCAGCUGUGUGUGGAGCGCUUGGAUCUUGCGGGGAUGGACUUCAUCUGGCGCAUCGCCAUGGAGUCACCGGACGAGGAGAUCGCCAACGAGGCCAUCCAGCUCAUCAUCACCUACAGCUACAUCAACCUCAACCCCAAAAUGAAGAAGGACUCCGUGACGCUGCACAAGAAGUUCAUCGCGGAUUGCUAUAAAAGACUGGAGGCCGCCAGCUCGGCCUUGGGUGGGCCCACUCUGACGCACGCCGUCACCAGGGCGACCAAGAUGCUGACGGCCACCGCCAUGCCCACCGUCGCCACCUCUGUUCAGUCGCCUUCCAGGUCAACAAAGCUGGUGAUCAUCGAACGGCUUCUGUUACUUGCUGAACGUUACGUCAUCACAAUAGAGGAUUUGUAUUCGGUCCCUCGGACUAUUCUACCUCACGGAGCGUCUUUCAACGGCCACCCCGUGACUCUCCACGUCACCUACGAAUCUACCAAAGACACUUUCACCCUGGAGGCCCACAGCAAUGAAACUAUCGGCAGCAUCAGAUGGAAGAUAGCAGACCAUUUAAGCUGCCCUGUGGACAACGUUCAGAUAUUUGCCAAUGACAGUGUGCUGACCAUGAACCGCGACCAGAAGCUGCUGAACCAGCUGGGCUUCUCGGACGAGCAGAGCCUGACGGUGAAGAGCUCGGGCACGGGCACCCCCUCGGGCAGCUCGGCCGACUCCUCGGCCAGCGCCAGCAGCAGCAGCAGCGGCGUCUUCAACACCACCUACGCCCUGGAGCAGGAGAAGUCUCUUCCUGGGGUGGUGAUGGCCCUGGUGUGUAAUGUGUUUGAGAUGCUGUACCAGCUGGCCAACCUGGACGAGCCCAGAAUAACUCUACGUGUGCGCAAGCUCCUGCUCUUAAUCCCCACUGACCCCGAGGUCCAGGAUGCUCUGGAUAACUUUGUGCCAAAAGAAUCCAGCGUGUGGAGCCACCAGAAAACCCUCUUCACGCUGGGCUCCGGUAACCAGGCCUCCAAGUCCCCGUCUCUGUCCUCCAAGCAGCAGCACCAGCAGAGCGCCGCCUCCAUACUGGAGUUUCUGUUCCGCUCCUCCGCGCCCGGCAUGUCCACCUUCAGAGUGCUGUACAACCUAGAGGUGCUGAGCUCCAAGCUGAUGCCCACCUCCGACGACGAGAUGGCCAAAACCAGCGUCAAGUCCUUCUGUGAGAACUUCCUCAAAGCAGGGGGCCUGAGCCUGGUGGUGAACGUCAUGCAGAGGGACUCCAUCCCCUCCGAGGUGGACUACGAGACCAGACAGGGGGUCUACUCCAUUUGCCUUCAGCUGGCGAGGUUCCUGCUGGUAGGGCAGACCAUGCCCAGCAUCCUGGACGAGGAGGUGGGCAAGGACGGCGUGGACGCGCUGUCGUCCCGGCCCUUCCGCAAUGUGAGCCGGCAGAGCAGCCGGCAGCUGUCCCUGUGCGGCACGCCCGAGAAGUCCUCCUACCGCCAGAUGUCCAUGUCCGACCGCUCCUCCAUCCGCGUGGAGGAGAUCAUCCCGGCGGCGCGAGUGGCCAUCCAGACCAUGGAGGUUGGUGACUUCACCUCAACAGUGGCAUGUUUCAUGCGACUCACGUGGGCAGCUGCAGCGGGACGAUUGGACCUUGUGGGCAGCAGCCAGCCAAUCAGAGAGAGCACCAACUCCCUCUUUCCCAUGGGCAUCCGCAGUCGUGUCAGCAGCACAGGAAGCAACUGCAGCUCCAGCAGCGAGGGAGAGGCCACCACCCUGCACGCGGGCAUCUGCGUGAAGCAGCAGUGCGUGUCCAUCAAGGACACCAUCAUCGCCCGGGAGGCCCUGUCUCUGCUGGUCACCUGCCUGCAGCUGCGCUGCCAGCAGCUCUGUUCCUUCUACAACCUGCCGUGUGUGAGCGAUUUUAUAAUCGACAUACUGCUUGGAUCGCCCAGUGAAGAGAUCCGCCGUGUGGCCUGUGACCAGCUGUACACCCUCAGCCAGACGGACACCUCCGGCUACCCCGACCUGCAGAAGCCCAACCUCUUCCUCCUCAAGGUGGUUCUCACUGCCCAGCUGCCCCUGUGGUCCCCCACCAGCAUCAUGAGGGGCAUCAACCAGAGGCUGCUGUCUCAGUGCACAGAGUACUUCGACCUGCGAUGCCAGCUUCUGGACGACCUGACCUCCACAGAGAUGGAGCAGCUGCAGAUCAGCCCGGCGGUCAUGCUGGAGGACGAGAUCAACUGGCUGGACAACUUCGAGCCCACCUGGACCGCCGAGCUGGAGACCAGCGAGGCCGACAACAUCCUGCAGGCGGGCCACCUGCGGCUCAUCAAGACCCUGCUGUCACUGUGCGGGAACGAGAAGGAGCAGCUGGGCUCCUCCCUGAUCCAGCAGCUCCUGGACGACUUCCUGUUCCGGGCGUCGCGCAUCAUUCUCAACAGCAACAACCCCUCCAGCUCCUCGGCCCCCAUCCAGGACUUCCACCCAAAGUGCAGCACGGUCAGCAGUCGCCUGGCGGCGUACGAGGUGCUGGUGAUGCUGGCGGACAGCUCCAUCACCAACCUGCAGCUCAUCACGCGCGAGCUCCUCUCCAUGCACCACCAGUGCGACCCCUCGCUCACCAAGGAGUUUGACUUCCUGCCUCCCGUGGACAGUCGGUCGGUGUCGGGGUUCGUGGGCCUGAAGAACGGGGGCGCCACCUGCUACAUGAACGCCGUCUUCCAGCAGCUCUACAUGCAGCCGGGCCUGCCCGAGGCGUUCCUAUCCAUUGAGGACGACGCAGAGAACCCAGACGAGAGCGUGUUCUGCCAGGUCCAGUCCCUGUUCGGCCACCUGAUGGAGAGCAAGCUGCAGUACUACGUCCCCGAGAACUUCUGGAAGAUCUUUAAGAUGUGGAACAAGGAGCUGUACGUGCGGGAGCAGCAGGACGCCUACGAGUUCUUCACCAGUCUGGUGGACCAGCUGGACGAGCACCUGAAGAAAAUUGGGAGAGAGCAGAUUUUCAAGAACACGUUUCAGGGCAUCUUCUCCGAUCAGAAGAUCUGCAAGGACUGCCCGCACAGGUAUGAACGGGAGGAGACCUUCAUGGCCUUGAACCUGGGCGUGACGUCCUGCCAGAGUUUGGAGAUCUCCUUGGACCAGUUUGUCAGGGGAGAGGUCCUGGAAGGGAGCAAUGCCUACUACUGUGAGAAGUGCAAGGAGAAGAGGACCACAGUGAAGCGCACCUGCAUCAAGUCCCUCCCCAGCGUGCUGGUCAUCCACCUGAUGCGCUUCGGCUUCGACUGGGAGAGCGGGCGCUCCAUCAAGUACGACGAGCAGAUCAGGUUUCCGUGGGUAUUGAACAUGGAGCCCUACACGGUGUCGGGCAUGGCACGCCAGGACUCCAGCUCUGACCACGGAGAGAACGGGCGGGGCGGGGAGCCGGGCUCCGGGGGGUCCCCGCGGAAGAAAGUGACCAUCUCCGAAAACUACGAGCUGGUGGGCGUGGUGGUGCACAGCGGACAGGCCCACGCCGGCCACUACUACUCCUUCAUCAAGGACCGCCGCGGAAGUGCCCGAGGCCGAUGGUACAAGUUCAACGACAACAUGGUGGAGGAGUUCGACAUGAACGACGAGUCGCUGGAGUACGAGUGCUUCGGGGGAGAAUACCGACCCAAAGUUUACGACCAGUCCAAUCCCUACCCGGAUGUGCGCAGGCGGUACUGGAACGCCUACAUGCUCUUCUACCAGCGAAUAUCGGACCAGAACUCGCCCGUCCAGCCCAAGAAGAGCCGCGUGAGCGUGAUGAGGCAGGAGGCCGAGGACCUGUCCCUGUCCGCCCCCUCGUCCCCCGAAAUCUCCCCCCAGUCCUCCCCGCGGCCCCCGAGGGCCAACAACGACCGCCUGUCCCUGCUCACCCGCCUGGUGAGGAAGGGCGAGAAGAAGGGGCUGUUUGUGGAGAAGAUGCCGGUCAGGAUCUACCAGAUGGUGAGAGAUGAGAACCUGAAGUUCAUGAAGAACAGGGACGUGUAUAACAGCGACUACUUCAGCUUCACCCUCUCGCUGGCCUCCGUCAAUGCCACCAAACUCAAGCACCCAUCUUACCAGGCCAUGGCCAAGGUCAGCCUGCAGCUGGCUGUCCAGUUCCUCUUCCACACUUACCUGCACACCAAGAAGAAGCUCAGGGCAGACACGGACGAGUGGAUCACCACUGUGGAGGUGCUUCUGUCCAAGAGCAGCGAGGCGUGCCAGUGGAUGGUGCAGUACCUGGUCAGCCCCGAGGGACGCGAGAUCAUCAAGAUCUGCCUCCUGGAGUGCAGCGUGCGGGAGGUGCGGGUGGUGGUGGCCACCGUCCUGGAGAAGACCCUGGAGAGCGCCCUGAACUUCCAGGACCAGGGCGUGGACGCGCUGCUGGACGUCCUGCUGUCCCUGCUGGACAAGGACGUCCCGGAGAACUGCAAGAACUGCUCACAGUACUUCUCCCUCUUCAGCAGCUUCGUGCAGAGGGGCUAUGGACCCUGUCAGCUGCUCCUCAAACACUCCGCCUACCGCCGGAUGCUCAUCUUCCUCCUGGGACCCAACCGGCAGAACAACCAGAACCGGCGCUGGAGCCCGGCCCAGGCCCGCGAGUUCCUCCACCUGCACAACACCCUGGCCCUGGUGGUGCUGCACUCGGACCUGUCAGCGCACAGGACUGUGGCUCUGGGUUCUUACAAGCACAGCGCGGCGGGGAGCCUCCCCGCCUCCACCCCCCUCCUCCCCCUGCACGCCGACAUCGAGACCUCGCUCUUCAAACCGGAGGGCCAGCCCUACCUGCUGGAGGUGAUGUUCGCCAUGCGGGAGCUGUCCGGCCCGCUCUCCUUCCUGAUCGAGAUGAUCACCUACUGCUCCCUGUGCAACGAGCACUUCUCCCUCAGCGUGCUGCAGCUCCUCAAGGUACCCCAGCGGGGCGCCCCUCCUCACGAGCUGAAGAACGUCUUCCAGAUGCUGCUGGAGAUCCUGAUGGUAGAAGACCCUCUGCAGGCGCAGCGGCUGAAGUUUGCGUUUGAAUCGGAGAAGGGGCUGCUGGCUCUGAUGCACCAAAGCAACAAUGUGGACAGCAGCCGCUGCUAUCAGUGUGUCAAGUUCCUGGUCACUCUGGCCCAGAAGUGCGCUCCUGCCAAGGACUACUUCAAGGACCUCUCCAGUCACUGGAGCUGGGCUGUGCAGUGGCUGCAGAAGAAGAUGUCAGAACACUACUGGACGCCCCAGAGCAACGUUUCGAACGAGACGUCCACCGCCAAGACCUUCCAGCGCACAAUUUCGGCGCAGGACACGCUGGCGUACGCUACCGCCCUCCUGAACGAGAAGGAGCAGUCCGGGAGCAGCAACGGGUCAGACGGAAGUCCGGCCAAUGAGAACUCGGAUCGCAGUCUGAGACAGGGCUCGGAGUCUCCCAUGAUGCUGGGGGAUUCCAAGAGCGACCUGGAAGACGUGGACUCCUAAUUCUCUUCGCCAAGAUGGGGGUUUUUCCACUGCUGAAGAAAAAGGACCUUGAUAAUCUCUCCGGUGGAGACAGGGUUGUGGCUUUUGCGCAGCCAAUCAGAAGACUGUAACUGGUAACUGUAACCUCCGCGGGGUCAGGAAAACGGAGGACGUGGACGCGAUGCAACCAGUGGGAGCGUCUCCCCCACCCACCCUAGUAAAGCCACAGACUUCAGUGAACGUACACUCUUCCACUCUUCAUCAGCAGGACCCAAGCUGCUGCCAUCACCUUCACAUUCGGUUUGGCUUUUACUAAGGGGCUUUGUAGAUUUUUUUUUUUUUAAACGGUUCAUGUGUGAAUACCAUCCAGGCCAACAGAUGAAGUCAAAUCCGUUAUUCUUUUUCUUUUUUUUUUCCAUUACCAUACAGUGCUGCAAAACAAGUAAGGUGUUGAGUGGGUUCAUUUUAAAGGUUGAUUUUGUUCUUUUUUGCCAAUGUAAUUAAAUAGAAACUAUUCAUAAUGUAAAAUUGUGUUCCAUAGAUGUAAUUUCAAAUGUAAGAUAAUAUUUUAAAGUACUCUCUGCCUUUCUGAGUUUCUGUAUCUGUGUGCUUUAGUUCCCUCUAGCAAGAACUUGUCAGAUUUUGGAAAGUCAAAUUAGUCAUAAGCUUUUUUUUUUUGUUGAGGAUAUUUUUAAAUGCACUUUAAGGUCAAAUUCAGUUUCAUAUAUUUUGAAAGCAACAUCUGACGAGUCCCUUUCUAGAGUUAAUUGAAAGCUCACGGGUGCAGGCAUCUCUUUUGUUUUGGUUUUAUCUGUACAGUGGCAGUUGUCCCAAACAGAUUUUCUGUGGGACUAGCUGAGCAGAGGCCUCUGAAGAGAACUGCUUUAGGUGGGUUUUGCAGGUUCAGUGAGGAGGCUGCUUGUUUCAGGUCAGAAUCAGGCUACUGUUUUCCCCCAUAGUGCCGUGCGGAGCUGUGCGCGUCCACGGCAGCCAGGGCCUGGUCUUGGGGAGCGUUGACAGUGCUGUGAGAGUGGCGUACGGAUCAGUGCCCCUGGGAAGCUGUGGCUGCGGAGCGCUGGAUCGGGCUGUAGGCCGAGCGGAUGGACGGCCGUGAGAACAGCGAUGCGCUGGAGAGCAGCGGUGAAAAGAGAGGAGAGUCUGCUCCUCCGCUCCUCCACCCCUCCUCCCCUCCGCCCGCCUGACCCGAGUCUGCUCUUUCAGCAAGGCUCCUGAACGACGAGCAGUGAGACGUUUGUCUGCUGGAUUUUAUUAGUGUUUUUUUUAUUUUAUUUGAAUCGUCUGGGGUUUCUUUCUCUUAUUUUUUAUUUUUUUUUGCACGUUUCGAUUUCUGUACCCUUGCUGCCCUGUGAUUUGAUUGACCAUGCCUUACGCUGUCAGAUUCGUUUGCUCCUUCUGAGGACGGCUUUAGAGGCCUCUGCAAUCUCUCGUGCCAUUGGCUGAUGGAGAGCCUCCACACUACACUUGCUGGAAGAAAGCACAUUAAUCUGAGAGGUAAUACUUGGGUGCCAACUGAUUAGUUUUUUUUUUUUUUUUAAAUCAGAAACAUUAGACGCAGUAUGUAUAUUUUAGAGUCUAAUGUGGUAAACGUAGACAUGAAUUAUAUUCCGCGGAAAAUUCCACACACCACUUUAAAACGUCGGCAGUGUGGUUCCUGAAGCCUGGUGCAUGGUUUUGCCAAAUCAUGGUGUGGAACUGGGUGCGGCAGAGCACUUGCAGGUGCGUUAAGUUUGCUAAGCGGCGCGUUGUCAGUCUUCAGCCCGGCGAAAGUGACCUCUACUCCCUCCCGUAGGAAGCAGAAGUCGCAGAAACACCGCCUGCUUCACGUUUCACUCAAACGGUUCCUCCGGUCCGCAGAGAAGUGUGCGCUACUAGCCGCCGUGUCUAACGGAACUGGAGCUGGUCCGCGAUAUACUGGAGGUCAGACGAUGCGACAGCCCGUUUGGCUUUAAUAGGGGUUUUUUCAGCUGUUUUAUUUGCCUCAGCCCUUCGUUUGCUUUCUCUUUUGCCUUAGCGCACGUCUGUGCGUAGGGGAGGGGGGAGCACGUUAGCACGUUAUCCCGACCCGCGGCCCGUGGAAGGAGCCUUUUAAGUGCCUUUUUACAAAAAAAACCUUCAGACUGUUUGAGUGCACCGCUCCUGCCGCUAGGAACAGAGGUGUACAGCAGAUCAGUCCCAGUAAACCACCGUGUGCUGGCUUUCCUGGGGUAAACAGCAUGGCAGAGGCAGAUUUACGGACUCCGCGCAGGUACCGAACGGGGCUGCGCGUAGACGGACCGCCGCCGAGGCUGGUCUACCUGCGAGCAAGCCGAUGAGCUCAUGCACCGCAGUGACGAAUGGCCCUUCCCUAAAUUCAGUAGGCCGCUUGCAUUUGAUAUUUUUUCUUGCGUUCCUUCCGUUCCUCGUGCUGUUUUGGCAGGGUAUGAUGUGGGGAAAGUGCUGCUUCACCUUCAGUUUUACAGCAUAGAUGCCUGGGUAUACAGCUUUAAUUAACACUUCAAUGUUUACAGUGUGUGGACCUACCUAGCAACUACAGAACUUGGAAUGUUACUUUGAAGUUCAGAAUGAAAUUCUGAGUGGAUGGAUUUGAUUCCAUGGCAUCCUUACAGUUUGCACUUCUCAGUAAGUGAUUCUUGGCCACUUUUUUCACUGUUCUAUAAUUUAGUGGAGAGGACAAGGGCUUUUCCGAUCCAUUCAUAUUUUUUUUUAGAAAGCAGAAUAUUCUAGAUGGUCUGCUUGUAGUGCACCUCAUUGUGAAACGUUUUUUCUCUUACUCCCUGCAGCUGAAUGUGGUUUUCACAAUCCUUUUUGCAUUUUGUGCGUGCGUGUGUGCGUGCGUGUGCGCUCAUGUGCGCGUCUGUUGUUUUACGUGGUUGUGGCAUACUGGUGAUCCACACAUCGGCCGGCCUUCCGUCUUUGCGCGUCUCAACUUCGGAAGGCAAAAGUUCGCCUGGUUUCACUGUGUGAAGGAACAGGCUUUUCGCUCCGAUGGAGAGUGGUGAUGGGGUUAGGAAACCCGGGGGGACGGGGGAAACUAGGUGGGAAUCCACGCGAUUUCAUUUGAUAUGCAAUUAAUCAAGUCGUAGUUUCUUCCACUGAGUUGGAAGGGCUUUUUUUACUUAACCUCUCUGUUCCGUCAGGAGAGCCCCUCUGAGAUGCAUUGUGGGAAGAAGACCGUUGAGGGAGCAGUUCAGUGCCUUCACAAAAGGCACGAUUGUGUUGUCGUUUGCCCCCCCACACCCACCCCCACCCCACGUUCUCUGAAGGACAUUUGUGACGAGGUCAGAGCAUGAUGUGAAAACUUAAUACUGUGACAGCAAAAGCCUCCUCUCUCUCUCCGAACUUUGUCAAGUUGCCAAGGACAAUGCAUUCACUCUUCAUCGAGACAAUGAUUAAAGAAACAUCCAGUCAAAAUUUGUGGUUUAAGUAAAACUACCAGGGUUUAAUAAUAAUAAACGAGAAGUAUCGUCGGGUAUUUUCCCCAGUCUGGCACCAGUAGUCUAUUUCAGAAAGUUCCAAUCAGUCCUUUGUUUUUAAAUUGGGGUGAAGGGGUGGGUGUGAGCAUACGGGUUUUUAUUCAGUGUCAUUUUGCUUUGAGCAUUCAUUUUGCUGAAGUAUGAAGUGUCGGAAUUCUGUAAUGCAUGUUAAAACGGAGUGUUAAUUUGUACAUCAGAGUUUGAUUAUGGGAAUAUUUGAUAAAAAAAAUAAACUGGAAUGCACAACCUUUUACAAA